AUGGCUCUAUGCUUUAGUAUCGGAUUACUCGAAGCUUGCGGCAGCUGGAAAUAUCAUCCUCGAGUUUCUCCUGCCGCCGAGUUAGAUUUACCACCUGGUGCUAAUGAGCGGGGAGAUGAUGUUGAUACUAAUGAUCGUGGAUCCGGAGGAGGGGAGGCAGAUGGUGCGACCGUGGAUCAUAUCACCUUCCCGCCGCGCACGGAUUAUUUGGUGGUCGAGGAGGAGGAUCAUCGUCCCACGGACUGCUUUGUAGCUGCUGGAGUUAGCUUCUGUGCAGAUGUGGCUGAGCUAGAACCUGGAAUGAUGUGGAUGAGGCAUGUGAUUUUGCUAAGCUUUUGUUUUGAUGAUGGAAAAAAUGUCAACAAUAUAUCUGAUGUACCAAAGACAUGGACUUAUCUGUUUAAAGAGUAUUCGUUGGAAUUUUCAGAAAUCUUGGAGGAAAUGGCUUUACUGGGAAUACCUCAUGUUUCUUUGCUAUAUAAACAAUGGGAUUACUUGGUUGAACAAUUCAAACAGGAGUUUUGCAAGCUAUAUGGGAUGACUUUUGAAUCUCUGCUGAACAUUUUCUUGCAAGCUGGCUUGUCUGCACUCAAAACACCAUUUUGUUAUGAAGAUGAUUGCACAAAAGAAGACCCACUAUCACAAGAGCUCUUCCGCAAACUAGCAAUGCCUUUGCCAUUCUCGAAGCAGCAUCACUCGAAGCUGGUCUGUUACAUAACAAAGGACUUAAUGGACACUGAGAAUCCUCCACUAGUCCUGCCUAAUGGAUAUGUCUACAGCACAAAGGCUAUGGAAGAAAUGGCCAGACUAAACAAUGGGGUGAUUCAAUGUCCAAGAACCGGAGAUAUAUGCAAUUUCUCCAGCUUAGUCAAGUCGUACAUUUCAUGAAUCCUUCUUCUUC